UCCCCCCGGCCGGCCCAGCGCAAGGCGAGACCACAGCCAGCCGAGCCCGAGCCCAUCACAUGCCAUCGCCACUUCGCCCUUGUUCUCUCCCUUCGCCUGCCACAUCUUCUUCUUCCUCACGUAGUCACGUACACUCACUGCCGCGGCGUCGUUUAACCUUUCACCUGAGCCUACCUACCUGUACCUGCCUCCUGGACCUCCAUUGCUCGCUCACUGCUCCGGUUCCUCGGGGAAGCAAGCACACAUGGUGCGCACGCACGGCUCGGCGGCAUCGCAUUCACUUCCCUGCCCGGCCCCGGGGGGUCUGCGUCCUCCCUGCCAACGCAUUCACUAGCUAGCUGCUGCUGAGUGCUGCCAGAGCUACCUCGCACUGUGCCGCUGCCUGCUCUCCUCGUCCUGCUGCAGCGCCAGCACUAGUCCUAGAUAGCCCUGCUCCAACUGAGCUAGCAGCUGGGUGGCGGUACAUAACGAGAAAAGGGGGAGGACAGAUGGUGUGGAAGAGCUGGGGCGCCAUUGCGCUGCUUCUGCCCGCCAUUGUCGCGCUCGUCCUUGCCGUGGCCCCGCCGCUCUGCUCCGGCGCCGCCGAUGUCGCCGUCGGCUUCUCCGCCGCCCCGCCCCGCGUCUCCAGGUCGCCGUCCGCCGCCUUCGCCUUCCGCGUCGCGCUGACCACCGGCGGCGGCGGCGGCGGCGGGCCGUGCGGCGACUGCACCGUCACCUGCCUGCUGGACGGCGGGACGGCGUCGGCCUGCGGCGGGUCUGGGAACGGCGGCGGCAACGGGACGGAGACGGUGAGCUAUGCAGGGCUCGACGACGGGAACCACACCUUGGCGGUGUGCGCGACCCGAGGAGGAGGGCAGAGCCCGACCUGCGCCACCUACGCAUGGGAUGUUGACACUGUCCCCCCGACGGCGUCCGUCUCGGCGGGGUCGGCGGCGUUCACGAGCGCGCCCAACGUGUCGGCGCUCGUCUCCUUCACCGAGCCCUGCCCCGGCAAUGGCGGAUUCGUCUGCAACGACACCUACUGCAAUCUCGUCGUGUACGGCCCCGGCCGCGUGGAGCCGUCCACCCUCCAGGAGCUCCGCCCCGGCCUGCUCUACUCCGUCGCCGUCGCCAUCUCGCCGGAGGCCCAGUACGGCCGGAUCAUCCUCCUCAUGGGCAGGGGCUUCUGCACGGACGCCGCCGGCCACCCCUUCACCAGGACGGCCAACUCCACCUUCACUCUGCAUUUCGAUCGAAGGGAUGACUCCAUGAACAUCACCGCCACCGUCCCCGAAAAGAUGCUGCAGAUACAGGGCGUCACGAGGCUGGUCCAAGCCACCAACGAUGAGAAGGACCUGAGGGUGUACCUCUCCUUCGCUCAGCCGGUGCUCAAUUCGUCUCAAGAAAUUCUGACUGCACUCACGGCAACUGGUGCCAUACUGACGCCGACCAAAAGAAGCACCCUGGGGAAUCGCCGGUUUGGCUAUGUUGUGAACAAGAUAUCGGACACCGCGAUUGUGACUCUUGCCCUCGAUGCGAGUUCUAUAAUCAGCAGGCAAGGGACUCCGAUGCUGCCUAGCUGCAAAAUGUGGGAUAAGAUUUUGGACCCAUGGUUACAUUUACCACCUUUUUUUCCCUGCUUGGUGUCGUCGUUAGAUACACACAGACCUUCGGUUAAACUCUGCACAUCAACUUGGAGGACUAGUUCUCGCGACAUCCAGGUUUUGGUAAAGUUUGCAGAGCCUAUGUUCAACUUCAGCUCCUCAUCAGUGCAGGUUUCUGGGGGCAAUGUACUGAGCUUUCAUGAAGCCAGUAAGAGCAUGUACGCGCUUCGGGUGCAGGCGGUCGACAAGCUGGUGUCCGUCCAGGUCGCUGAAAAUGCAGCCCAGGACGUGGCUGGAAACCCCAGCCUAGCAUCAGACCGUCUUGAAGUGAGGCACUAUUCUGUGCCCGCGUCAUCGUCAUCGAUUGCGGCCAUCACCACUAUCAUCUUCGUGGCAACUGCUGUUGUUGCCACGCUCCUCACCGUCUCGACAUCGUCGCUCCUCGCUUCAGGAGCUAUCCCAAGACCCUGCUCCUAUAUGAUCUCGGAGCCAUCAAGAAAUCUGUUGAGAAUGGCAUGCCACAUCCAAAUCUUUGCUCUGUCGAGAUGGCUGUCAGUUAAUCUGCCAAUUGAGUACUACGAGUUUGCAAAGGGGAUAGAAUGGAGCAUCCCAUACAUGCGCCUUCCAUGGGAGGGCCCAGGUGCAGAUCCAUUCCUGGGCUACUCCACAAUGCCUGCCAUUGCAUUCUCGGAGCUGCUCGACAGGAGCGCCGUAGGGGCUGCUAACAUCUCCUAUCCCCGAGCACAAGGUCAGCCGGUGAUGCCAACGCAAAUCCCAUCGGAUCCGGUAUUACCAACGGAACUCCCGGGAGAUGGGAGCCCGAUAAUGCCGAUGCAAACUCCGGGAGACGCAACGCCGGUGAUGCCAAUGCAAAUCCCGUUGGAUGGGACGCCGCUGACUGCAAUGGAGUACCGGUCCUUCUUUGAGAACCCGGACAUGAAGCCUGAAGCACAGAUUAUCAUGAAGCUGCAAGAUUUGGACGGGUGGAAGUACUUUGGCAGGAACAUGUUCUGGCUGGGCGUGAUCGGGGGUGGCCUCAUCCUGCUGCACCUCCUCACCCUCCUCUACUUCAAGCUGAGGUACCGGGGCAGGGAGGGGCGGCACGGCCACGGGGCGCUGGUGCUCCCUAGGCUGGAGAUCAUGGUGGCCGUCCUCGCCGCGCCGUGCAUCGCCCAGGCGGCGGCGGCGGUGAUCAGGGGCGGCACCGCGGGGCGCCUGGCGGCGGGGAUCGCGCUGACCGGCUUGCUGACGGCGCUUCUGGUGGGCCUGCUGCUGUUCCUGUCGCUGGGCAUCACCAUGGGCAGGCUGCUGCAGUACAAGGAGGUGCACCGGGAGGGGCAGGAGUACCACUGGUACCAGGAGCUCGUCCGCCGCACGCUGGGCCCCGGCAAGCGCGGCCAGUGGACGUGGAAGGACCCGCGCCGCGCCGCCUGGCUGGUCAAGCUCGGCCCGCUCUUCGAAGACCUGCGGGGCCCGCCUAAGUCCAUGCUGACGCAGAUCGGCGGCGGCGGCGGCGGCGGCGGGAAGCGCGCCGGUGGUGGCGGGAGGCGGAGGAGGAGGGGGGCGGAUCAUGGAGACGAGGACGAGGACGCGGAGGCGCCCGUGAUCCAGAAGUGUCGGCGUGCUCGCAUCUACUUCACGCUGCUGGAGUCGGUGAAGCGCGUGGCGGUGGGCAUCGUGGCCGGCGCGCACGCGUCGUCGGGGCGGCCGUCGCGCGCGCACGCCGUGGCGGUCGUCGCGAUCGCGGCGUUCCAGCUCUUCUUCAUGGUGCUCAAGAAGCCCUUCAUCAGGAAGCGGGUGCAGCUGGUGGAGAUCCUGUCGGUGGCCAGCGAGGUGCUCGUCUUCGCGGCGUGCCUGGCGCUCAUCGACCAGAGCAGGAGCGGCGCAGACGGCGGGUGGCUGCCCGACGGUGAGGCGCGCGGCGUGGGGCUGGCGAUGCUGGGCGCCUUCGCGCUGGGGUUUGCGGCGCAGGCGUGCAACGAGUGGGCCGCGCUGCUCCGGCAGGUGCGGCUCCUGAGCGCGGACCGGAGCUCGCUCCUGGACGGCGCCAAGACGGCGAGCCUGGGGCUGCUGCUGCUGGUGCUGCCGUCGUCGGUGCUCGGCGACCGGGUGGCGGUGAACCACCCGCAGGACACGCCGCCGCCGGACGGUGGCGGAGCCGGGGAGAGCGUGUCGACGUCGACCCCCGGAGAGGGGGCCAGGGGCGAGAGCGAGGGUUCCAGGGGAUCCUCGAACGAGCGGUGGUGGCUUCGGCAGCUGCGGGAGAUGGCCAAGGCGAGCUUCAGCAAGGAGGGCGGCGCCGCCGCCACCACCGGUGGGGAGGAGGAGGCGUCCACCAGUGGCACCAAGUCGAGGAGUGGGGAGUGGAAGGCCAAGUCGAGGGGCCUCUACAACGACCUGGAAGCCAUCUUCUCCAACAGGUGAGCCUAUAUGCCCUCCAUUGUUGCAGGGCAGGCGAGCGCGGGAAAUGAAUGAAAAGCCUCUGAUUCAACAUGAAUGUUCUGUUCUCUGUGUUAUAGCGUCUUGUGAAUUCGACUGGUCAGUCGAUCUUCUAGGAGGAAAAGAUGGUGUAGAUGGUGAUUAAAUUUUUGCUCUGCGACGAAACAAUGAAUUAGCUUAGAUUGGCUCGCUCAUUAGAUAUUUGAAGUGAAGCUUGUGAGUUGUGAGGAAGUGCUUUACCUCAGUCCUCACUUCUCAGUAUGCACUAUGCACUGUGCCAUUAGUUGUUGCCGGCCGGCAAGGACGCUACAAACUCGUUGGCCAA